AUGUCUGUCAGCAGCCGCACAGAAGCGACGGAGAGCUCGCCGCUGAUCGCAGGCCAGGCGGCCCGUCCAAACGGCUUCCACCGCCACCACCACAGCCACGAUGGCCGGUCUGCCUUUGUACGCCGGCUGCUGCUGGACAAGAAGCACACACCCGGUUUCGACAGCGACAACCGGGUCGCGCGCACGACGGCCCACGUGCUCAACAUCACCAAAGCGGCGCUGUACUCGAGCCCGGUCAACGUGCUGCUCGUCUUCGUGCCGUUGGGCAUCGCUGCCGGCAUACUCGAGUGGAGCGCCGCAGCCGUGUUCACGCUCAACUUCUUCGCCAUCGUGCCGCUGGCCGCGGUGCUCUCGUUUGCUACGGAGGAGAUGUCGGCCCGCAUGGGCGAGGCCCUGGGCGGCCUGCUCAACGCCACCUUUGGCAACGCGGUCGAGCUGAUCGUCAGCAUCGUCGCCCUCAAGGAGGGCCAGAUCGAGGUCGUCCAGUCGUCCAUGCUGGGAUCCAUCCUGUCCAACGCGCUGCUCGUCCUGGGCAUGUGCUUCUUCUUUGGCGGCAUCUGCAACAUGCGCGACGGCAGCAACGUGCCCAUGGAGCAGCAAUUUGCCUCGGCCACGGCCCAGACCAGCUGCUCGCUCAUGGCUUUGUCGUCAGCCUCGCUGAUCAUCCCAGCAGCACUGUAUGCAUCUCUCAGCAGCAACAUCGACCCGGACGAACGCCAGCAGGUCAUCCUGGUGCUGUCCCGCGGCACAUCCAUCAUCCUGCUGCUGCUGUACUGCCUGUUUCUCUUCUUCCAGCUGCGCACGCACUCGAACCUGUUCGACGCCGAGAGCACGCCGUCCGAUGCAUCCGCGGCCCACGGCGACUCAGACUCGGACGAGGCUGAGCCCGAGGAGCACAUGAGCCCGUGGUCAGCAGCAGCUGUGCUAGUGGUCGUGACAAUCAUGGUGUCAAUCUGUGCCGAGUACCUGGUCGACAGCAUCGACGCCAUCGUGGCCACUGGCAAGCUGUCCAAGAACUUCAUCGGCCUGAUCCUGAUCCCCAUCGUGGGCAACGCGGCCGAGCAUGUUGCUGCCGUCACGGUGGCGGUCAAGAACCGGAUGGAUCUGUCGAUGAGCGUGGCCAUGGGUUCCAGCAUCCAGAUCGCGCUGCUGGUCACGCCGUCUCUGGUCAUUGUCGGCUGGCUGGUCCUCGACCAGGCCAUGACCCUGCGGUUCGAGUCGUUUGAGACGGUUGUCUUCGGCAUCAGCGUGUUGCUCGUCGCCUAUACCGUGCAGGACGGCAAGAGCAACUACCUGGAGGGGGCUAUGCUCAUGGGUCUGUACGCCAUCAUCGCCCUGGCUUUCUACGUCACUCCCAGCAAUGCUCUGGACAUGGUCAAGACGGCACUCAGCAUGUAG